CUUCUUCUACGAUCACGGCAGGGCAGAGCCAGACAGAUGAUAAACAAGUAUCAAGACAGUUUAUUUUGGACAGACAAAAAGAGAUUAUUCGUCAACUCAGGAUCAGUAACAUCUCUGCAGUCCCUAUGCUGCACAAGGCAUGGCCGAGAGACAGGACAACGAGGUGGAGGAGGCUGACCAGAUCUACCUGCUGAUGAAAGAGGAGUAUCGGAUAUCUAGGAAUGUGCGUCUUGCAUGGUUCCUUGGUAAACUAAACCAAGUCAUCUGGCCAGCCUCAAAGCCGGAACUCCUGAGCUCAGAGAACGAAUUGGACUUGCUCAGCAUCUUACCCAAAGGAUGGCAGUCGGAGUUCUCCCCCUCGAUGUACCCCUACAUGUUGAUGCCAUCCACUCGGGCCACCUUCCUGGCCCGGAGGUACCGCUUCAUCAUCGAGCUGGACCUCAGCCCCUCGACAGGGAUUGUGGAUGACAGCACAGGAGAGAUGAUAUUCGAUGAGGUGUUUCAUGCCUUGUCCCGAUGUUUGACUGGUCUCAGUCAGCCGUUUAAAGUCCCGGGAACGGAUGAAGUUUUCAAGCCCAAGAUCUUCAUCACCAUCUUGGUGUAUUCAUCAAUUAUCGGACUUACAUCCCAUCAGGUUUUAGUUCAGGGCUGUCAGCUUGAUAGGACGGACCUUGAUGAGUUCCUGCAUCAAAUCUAUCAGCAGCUCAGAGCAGUGGAGAGCAACAUCGCACAAGUCCUUCAUCAGCAGCACGAACAGCCUCUGGAGCAAGUCCAAAGUUCAGGUGUCCAUGGCAACAACCUCGAUGACCAGUCGCACAGAAAGCAGAGCAUCUCCAUCGUGUCAGCUGAUAUGGGUCUCGUCAGCAUGGUACGCCAAGGCAUCCUGGCCCUUCAGCUGCUGCCUCCAAACUCCAGUGCAGGUAUCAUUAUAAUCACAGAUGGAGUGACAAGUGUUCCCGAUGUAGCCGUGUGUGAAACCCUGCUCAACCAGCUCAGGAGUGGAACUAUCGCAUGCUCCUUUGUGCAGGUUGGCGGUGCGUACUCAUAUGACUGCAGCUUUGGCUACAUCCCCAACGUGGAGCUGAUGAAGUUCAUCUCAUUGGCCACCUUUGGUUCCUUCCUGCCUACCUGUCCUGAUGUCGACUUGAACAGCCAGGAGAUGAAUGCGUACCACAAGGCCUUCCUGACCUAUUCCUUCCUUAAAACUCCUGAGUCCAUGAACUCCGAGUACUUCUGCGUUUCACAGCACAAACUGUUCAAUGAGCAUCUGUUGUCGGCCAGUGGUAACCCCGCUCUGGUCAUGAGGAGGAAGAAACACACAGAGAAGGAAGUCCAUGCCAACUUAAUCAGCGUGGUGUCUGUGCGACUGAGAGAGGGCUACACCAUCCGAGAGGUCAGCCUCACAAAAGGUGGGACUCAGCUGGAGGUGAAGCUGGUGUUGUUAUGGAAACACAACAUGCAUAUCGAGUAUCUGGCAGCUGCCUCUUGGCCUUUGGACCCCGCCAAGAGAACCACCAGGGUGGAGGUGACUAUGGAGGGAAGCUACGACAUCCUGCAUGACAUCAGCUGCACCCAGAGGAAGCCCAUCACCAGCCCGUACCGCACUUCUGUCAUCCGGCGCUUUUGGAACACACUGCAGAGCAUCAAUCAGACCGAUCAGAUGUUGGUGCACCUCCAGUCCUUUAAUUCAGUUCCUGAGAACUACAUGAUUCCUGAGAGCACCAAAAAUGGAGUACCUCUGUUUUACAUCCCUCCUGGCUCUACUACUCCGGUCCUGUCGCUGCAGCAUGGUGGAUCCAAAGACUCCUCCCAGUCCCAGUUUGCUUCCUACUGGAAGCCCAUCCUCUCCAUGGACGCAAACUUCUGGCAGAGAUGGCUGCACAUGCAUCGCAUAACGAUCAUCCUGGAACAUGACAUGCCGGUCCCCAAACACCUGCACACAGCUGGAAGCAACGGUCGUUACAGCACCAUACAGUGCCGUAUCUCCCACUCUGCCCUGACGUCUCUUCUGAGGGACUGGAGCAGCUUUGUGCUGGUGGAGGGUUACUCGUAUGUUAAACUCAUAUACAGUUUUCCUGACCAGCCUCCUACCUCCUUCUACUUGGUCCGUCUCAUCUCAAAGACACCGUGUAUGGUGCUGCGUUUGGGUUUCCCUAUUGGUACAACGGCUCUUGUGAGAAACAAGAUUGUGGAGGAGCUGCGGGAGCAGAUCCUGAAACUCCGCUUCCCUCAUCGUGUUCAGAGCAAAGAGGCAACCCCAAAGACAAAAAGGAAGAUAGUCGGCCAUCCAUCACCAUCCAAAUCACCCUCAAUCCCCGCCCCCAAACCUGCGCUGUCAGACAGGCCGUGUGUGGUGGUGCUCAAUAAGCCUCUGGAAAAGCUCCUCAUAAGGUAUGAGAAGCUACCGUUGGACCUUCGCACUCCCUUCAUUUUCCACAUGGAGAACUUCCCCCCGCCCUCAAACAGCACCGUCCCCCUCAGCAUGGCAGCCAACCGCACAGCCUCCUCCACCCUGGCCUCCCUGUCCCGUUACUUCCUGCACCAGCGCUGGGUGUGGAACGUGCAGAGCAGCCAUGGACUGACUGUGGCCAUGCAGGCGGUCGCUCACAUCCUGUCCAUGCUCUCUGAGAUUCGCAUCUCAGAGGGCUUUCACUUUGCGGCCACUGGUGAGGGCAUUGUGAACAUGGUGAUCGAGCUUCCAAUGAAGGCUGUCUCAGGGGAGACUGACAGAGAGAGUCACUCCUGUAUCGUUCAGUACAUCCUGUUUCCACCUCACUCUACAUCCACCAAGGACAGCUUCUCCACUGAUGAUGACAACGACACUGAAGUGGAGGCUGUCGAUGUGGACACAGAGCUGAACCUCGUGACAGAGUGUUGGGUAGAACCGCAGAGUGGCACCGUGAUGAACUGCAUGGAACAGCAUCGCCACUUCAAGGGCCUCAAGUACCAGGAGAUACCUCAAGCAAUAUUCCCCAGAGAUUUUGCCUGUAUGUCCACUAUGAUGACCUUUGAGUAUUUGAGCCAACUGUGUCAGAACAAGGACCAGGUCUGCUCAAUGCCGGCUGGAUUCAAGGAUUUGAGAGGAGAAGCCUCGGACCCUGAGGACAGCAUUCACAUGGUUCCUUUCCAGUUUGACCUCAUUCAGCUGCUACCAAAGUGCCAGCAGGUGGAGCUCUUCUUCCUCACGUUCACUACAGGGGAGAACGAGGAGCAGCUGCACAGCUCCCCCUGUCUGCCUAACGAGCUCCUGCUCAGCCUCUUCCACAGCAGCCUGGAGCAUGAGCUCAGUGACAGAGAGAUCCCGUUAGCUGACAACGACCACGCCGCCUUCAUGCUCCACAUUUUAGAGCGAGAACGAGACGGCCAUGUGGCUCCUUUCUCCCUACCUGUAAUCAAAGAGGAGUGUGUGAAGCCUUCAGAAAGACAGGACACGAUGACAUCCUUCCACACCACAUGCAGUGGCAAAGAGGUGAUGGGAUCGACCAGCACUUUACAGAGUUUCAGUAAUGCUGACCUUGUGGAUGAGGAGCCCUUUCUGUUGGAGAGGAACUCCUCCUCACCGCAGUGGAGAGCCUACGCCAAGUACAUCGGCUCACAGCAAAUUCUCCUCACCUUCCUCCCUGCUUCCUUCGCAGAUGUUCUUAUGUUGAAAGCGGAGACGGAGCCUCAGGGUAAUGUUGGCACACAGGAGGACGACACCCUGACACCCAGCAACAGAUCUCAGGCUGACUCCCUUUCUGGCUCAACCAGUUGUCUGGAGAGGUCUGAGUCUGACAUUAGUUUGGCUAGUAAACUACAGAGGAGCUCCAGUAGUGGGCACUUCAACAACAGGUCCCCGUUACUCUCGCCACAGUCCGAGGGCCAGACUGGGAAUGCAGACUCGGUCAUCCUAGACCAUGACAGCUGGGACAGCAGAAUGUCUGAGACAGAGGCUGGGAACCCAGGCUCAGAUCUGGGAGAAAAAGAGGGAGUCCAGUUCUCUGAACCACAGAAGGCAGAUUUCCAAAUCGGCUUCGACAGGCAGGUUCCUCAGCCGAGCAGCAUCGACUGCAGCCAAUUAAAGUGUCCUGUCUACGUUUACAACUGCUCCCUGGAUCACCUGAAGGAGCAACUGGUGCAUCCCAACUCCAACCGCCAACCCAGGGACAUCUUCCUCAGGUCACUGUCUCAGGACCGCAGCAGUCCAUCCCCUUGGGCCGAUCUCCUGGCUCAGCCUCACAAAAACAAGGAACUAGCCAACUACUGUGGCCUGCUUCAGGAGCAUUACCACCAGAGCUACGUCAAAGGAGUUUACUGCAGCCUGCAGCAGUCACACAGCAUCAGCUCUCAGGAUGUCCUGAUGGCCAUGGACUACUGUGAAGAAUCUCUGCAGGAGAUUGACAUCACUACCUUCCUGCAGACCCUCUGUGGACACAUCAGGGUCUUCAGGGAACACGGUGAAGCUUCAGUAUGGGGAGAGAAUCCAAAACCUUCAAAGAGCCCUCCCACCUUUAUCAUUGGAGAGAUGGAGGAGGACAAACCAGAUCACAGGGCUGCUCUGGCCUCCUCGUCCAGUAUUGAAAUGGAGGAUGUCAGUGAAGCAGAAUAUAGAUGGAAGUCCUCGGCUCCUACAUCCCCACUGAUCCUGGAUGAGUCUAAGGAAGCCAAAAUCCCUGAGUUCUCCCUGUCGAUGCUUCAGACACAGCCAAAGUGUGAAGUGUACCCAGACCUGCACAAAGUAGUACAGGAUAAAUUCAUGGAGAUUGUGUCUCAGUAUUUUAAAACUGUGCCAUCCAACCCACACUACUUCUUCUACUGCCCGCCAUCAACCAAGAGAGACGAGGACUCUGAGCAUGCGGAGGGCGGGAGGAGACCAAGUGAGGAGCAGGUGUCAGAAGCUGAGCCUGCAACAGAGGAUGAGAACAUGCCAGGCUGCAUCAUGACUGAGAGCGACCCAGACUUGGUGGUGGAGUACGAGGAGCAACCAGACACCAGAACCCAAGGAGAGUGUGAAGAGCAGUCCCUGUCUGACUCCAACACGGUUAACCAGGACCAGGACUCCUUCAGCAUCUUAGAUGGAGACUCCCUGCUGGAGGCUGAGGGGCCCCAGAUGGACAUGCCUCCACUCUUUGUACAUGUAACCUGUUCUGUCAACAUGAAAAGCUGCCAUGGCUCCAUGCCCAUGCAAACUCUGCCUACCUGCCUUGGUGAGAUUAUUUCCUGCCUGGAGAAUGCAGAGUCCUUGAAGUCUGUGGAUUUGAAUGAGCUCUCAGUAACAUUAGAUAUUUUUGUCCUGACACUACCUCUGGAGAUUGAAGUCAUGGCUGAAUUCCAUCACAACAGAUACACGUCAGAGAGCAGUGUGUCCCUGAAUCGGUCACCAGGGCAGCCCUCCUCAUAUCGCUCUGAUGAGGAGCUCAUGGCAGCGCUGGACAACCUGAGGGGAGCUGGUGUUGACGGGGUCUCCAGUGAUCCCUUAUCCAAACUCCCAAUUCCUCACAAGUUAGCGAUUCUCGCCACAAUGGAUGAGAUCCGCUGGCUUCUUGAGGACGAGAUCGUCUCUGCUCUGCGUCAUUCUCGAAUCAUCAGUUCAACCACGCUGCAGAAAGUAGCAGAGCAUGUCAUGCGGUCCAGCGGGCGACCACAUUGUCACUGUGAGGACGUUCCACUGCAGUUUGUCUUUGGGCCAGAGCUGUCGCUGGAAAAAUUCAAAGAGGAGUUCCGCAGAAUGUCCUUCACUGGCUACGUGCUGAACGGAGAGCAGGACAGCUUUUACUACAUGUCUUUGAGCAGACUGCACCCACAGAGGAUUAACGCCACUAAGAAGCUGUCUGAGCGCACUGCUGACCCGCUACAACAACACACCAAUCCCUGCAGCGCGGGAGCAGAGGUGGAGGGGGUCUUACUGGAGAGUGAAGCUGAGAAUGAGGCAGCAGAGGCUGAUAGUGAGAGUGAAGAGAAGAAGUCCAUCAGCACCACUACGGACACUCCGAGUGAUACAACUGCAGAAACCAGUGAGCCAGUCAGAGCCCAGAAGCCUGAGGCAUAUGACAACGUUUCACAGAGCUCCCUUGGCAUGGUAGGGGACAGAGGUCAGCCCAGUACCCUCCAGCUCCAGACUGAGCCCAGAACAGAGCCAACUUCACCCCCCAAAACCCCAUCCAGUGUCAGCCUGGCUGAGUCUGUGCAGUCUGCCUCCCAAAGCUGUGGCAAACUCAGGCCAAGUCGAGUCCAGAGUGUCGUCUCCAGCCAGGGUAGUCUGGACUCAGACAUGCAAGGAUACGAUGGUGGCAGCAGUGAUUCUGAAUGUGAGAGCCCCACCCUGGAUGAACAUGAGUGUAAGUCUCCACUGAUGCCUGACUUCUGGCUCAUCGUUAACAUUCACCAGGACAGAGUGAAGGUCUACUCCCACUCCAGGUGCUUCACGGAAGGAAAAGACGACAUGGCAAAGGAGAUGGAAAAUAAAGAAGACGAUAUGGAGCUACCUGAAUAUUUACAGCUGCAUCAAAUGGUGGUCAGGAAGAUCGGUGAAAUCUGCAGAGUAGUCAAUCAGCGAAUGCUGCUGCAAGACCUUCAUGACAGUCAUGUGUGUAACUCUCUACUGGUGGCUGAGAGUGAAGAGGACAUCUGGAAGACGGAGUCUAUCUACAGGCAGAGGCUCAACACUUCAGAUGAUUACAACACGGAGGAAAGCUAUCCGGCAAGAGACUACCUGGCAGCUACCAUGCAGUUCAUCCCUGGACACUUCUCCUGUGACGUUGUGUCGAGCACAAUUAUCCACAUUCACCCUCGCCUCAAGAUUGGACCAAACAUGGGGGUAUCCAGGGCGAUUCAGGCCCUGCGCUCUGUGCUGAACUCUUUCUGUGUCGUCAACCGAAAGAACAUGUUUGUGUACCAGGAGCGGACGACUAAAUCAGUCUUCUACCUCAGACUUUGUGAAACAUCACUAACAGGGAAAUACUCCGAUGUGGAUGGAAACCUCCACGUGGCUCGCUCCAUUGGACUUGCCAGGAGUCAAGAGCCUUUAUAUUCUGAGGAUCUGAUGGGCUCUCGGUCUUCUCUUGACGGCUCUCGACCGGUGGGACAAGUAGACAAGCACAUCCUGCUCCUCGUGCAUGGAGUAGGAAAUGCAGGUCCUGAGAUCACAGACGAGCUGGUGAAGGUGCUGCGCAAACGUUUGGAUGAGACAACCUUGGACAUCAUCACUGUCAUGCUUGUGAGGAACUGCAAGCUGACACCGGCUGAUGUGGAGUUCAUCCAGCCCUCUGGAUCCCAAGCCACUGAGGUGAUGCACUUCAGUCUACCCCAGUACUGUCGUCCAUGGCUGCCCGCUGUGGCUCACUACCUCAGACAGAAUCUCCUCAUCUUCCUGCAUGUACCGAAGUACACCGACAGCAACACAGCACAUCACUUCAAGCACUACUUUCGUUUGAGCAGUGACUUGGCUGAGGGUGAUAUCUUCCUCUACAAUAAGCCUGGAGGCCAAGGGACAGGUGGCAAAGGUAUUGCCUGCAUAGCGCUCUCCUUUGUGGACGCCCAUGGUCAGUCCCUUCAGGUCCCUCCAGCACAGGAAUUUGCCGCUCUGCAGAGAUCAGAUAGCUGCACUAUCUCCCUCCAUCCAGAGCAUUUUGAUGAGCUGACCACUGUUGGUAAAGUGUUCUCCAUCAGCGACGGUCCAGGCACAGACACACAGCUGUACGUACGGUUUGACAUCUGGGAACAAGGAAACGUCAGCCCCUUACAGCUAAGUGAUAAACUACAGGGGGCGCUCCGUCACGCUCUCUGUGACGCUGUCAUGGAACUGAGAGUCCUGCCAAAUCCUCUUUGUCUAGGAGUGUCCUGCCCAGCAACUAAAGCUCAGAAGGAAGAGGCUAAAGGACUUUUAAUUUCUUUGCCUGAAGUGAAAGAAGUGAAGGACAGCCCAAGGCAACGCAGUGGUUCACGGGUCUUUAAAACAAGCCCCUCUCCCAUCACCUUACCCCAAGUUGUAGGGAGCACCCCGAUGCCAGGGACCAGCACCCCUGAGUCCACCACACCCACCAGCAAGAGCACCCGCCGGAGCUUCUGGGAUAUACUGAGUAAGCCUGACUCAUCAGAGCUUGGAAGCCCAAAGACAACUGAUGACAUCGUGCAGGAGAAAGGAGAAGAGGGCCGGGCAGCAAGACGAAGACACAAGACGGAGAAUGUGAAGCAGCAGUGGAGCCAGGAGAAGGCGAUGGCUGUGGAGCACGAGCAGGCCCAGAGGCGGCACGUCUCUCAGCUGGAGGAAGGAGAUACAGGCACUCUACAUCCCAUGUACCAGCUCACCUGCCAACCAUGGAUCACUUUCAUGGCUAAACUUGGCUGCCCCUCCAUUCAGCAGUGCACGGCUGAAAUUGCUUCACACUUCCUUCUGCCGUCCGUCUUGGCGGAAAUAGUCAAUUUGGUCAGUUCUCUGGCCAGUGAUACAGCAGUGAAGGCAUUCGAGAAGAAAAGCUGCCCUCAAUCUGAGGACGUGUUUGCACCAUUCCCCCUCCUCCUGAACCUCAGCCAGCCUCCAGGCGCGACCAGGACCUUCAUCCUCAUUGGACGCAGCUUCCACCAGUGGCACUGCAGCACAGAGCAAGAAGACAGUUCAGAUGAGGAACACUCCCCAGUGCUUAAUAGGUUCACACCUCAUAAGGGCUUCCAGCGCUUCGAGGCUCUGGAGCAGAGUGAUGUGUUCAGUCCUAUCCAGGCCGGGGCAGGACUGGCUCCCCGCCAGAGGUUCCUCUACAUCAGCAUCCUGGACAAAAAGGUGACUCUAUACAGCUAUAACUGGUCCGUGGACCUCGGCGCCUCUCUGAACCGUGAGCUCAUCCGCCUCGUUAAGUGGCAAAAUGCAAGGGCUCAUGUUGUCCACUGUCUGCUCAACCAGAAGAUGGGCCUCUUCCACCAUCACUGCUUCUCUGAUGCCCCCUUUCACGAACUGGACUCCAAACAGGAUCCCAAUCCGUUCCUAAGCCCUUCCAUGGAGCCGGAUGCUUUGCUGCGUAGCACAGUUCCUCCUUUGCCCAGUAAAGAGCAGGGCAGGCUGGGCAGCUCUGGUCGAAGUCUCGCUCCACUCCACUUCCCCUCUGAGUUGCUCCCCUUUGACGAGGCUCUUAGGGACGUGUGCACCAUCAGACCCUUGAUGGACGGGGAUGUGGUGGCCCGACAUGGAUCUCAGCUCCUGGAGAUCAAGGCUGCUGAGCGUAGAGAAAUGGAGAAACAGAUGAAAAUCGAGAACCUGUUUGUGACUUGGCAGCAGAGGUCAGCACAGUCAAACAUGCCAAUUUCAGGGGCAGAUUUGGAGACCCUGAAACAGUCAUCUAGGCUAGUCCACUAUUGUGCAACCCCUCUCCUCUUUGACCCCGUCUUCCGCAAGCAGAUCCAAGAGGAACAAAUCGUUCAGCCUCCAGUAAAGAAACGGCAUUGUUCCAGUGACUCCACAGCGUCAGGACGGGACCGAAGCUACAGCACUGACUCAGGUGACAUGCUUCCCAGCCGACUGAAGGAAGAGCCCUGGCUUCUGGAAAUUUCUGGCACCUUCCUCCAGCAGUACGUCCAAUACCUGCAGAGCAUGGGCUUCAUUUUGGUUCAGGUCCGGCCUCAGUCUCCAGCUCGCAGCAUAGCCCGUGCUCGGGCUGCGAUGCUGAACUCGAUGUCAUCAGAGGGGAGAAUGUCUUUUUCUUAUGUAAAGCAGAAGAGCGAGGACAGCCCUAAGACUACGCUUUCUGCAACCACCGCAUACCACCUCCAGAGGGCGCUACCAGGGGGAAUUGUAUUGAUGGAACUGGCCUUUAAGGGGUGUUACUUCUGUGUGAAGCAGUAUGCGCUGGAGUGUUCACGCAUCCCCAUGGGACAGACGGUCAACUCUCAGGGCAGCCUCCUCACCAAACCUCGUUGCAAGCCGUUCCCCGAUGCCACCCCAGUAUCUGACUGUGCGCUCUCCAUGCUCUUCACGGAGGAGUGCGAUAAGGUGCGCGACCUGAUGCAUGUUCACUCCUUCAGCUACGACUUCCACCUGAGAGUGGUUCACCAGUACUUGGUCGGCUGCCACAUGACGCUUCGACAGGGCUACCAGCUCACCGACUUCUUGGACGACUUCAUCUCCCAUCACCCGGAUAUUCCCAAGUUUGGCCGCAAUCAUGUUUUUCAAGGGAGCUUCUCGAUCUCCACGGGGAUGAUUACAGCUCACCAGCUCUACAACUACAUCACUGACCACACCAGCACCUACGGCAUGAAGCCCCUCCGCAUGUCCAAGGGUCCAGCUACCAAUGAUAGUAAGAAAGGAACCCCAGACCUACAUGAGUAUGCACUUGUGGCUCUUUGGAACAGUUCUGGCUCUUACAAGGAUCUGGAGGGCCUCCACCACCAUGAUGACUUUGACGUGUCCAUGGUUGUGUGUCAUAAUGCCGCCCCAUUUGAGGAGCAGUCAGAUGGGGAGAGGCAUUUGCUGAGGUUGCGGUUCUAUGUAAUCAUGACCAGUCAGAGAGAGCUCUUCCCACGCCUCACUGCUGACAUGCGCCGUUUCAAGAAGCUUCCUCAGAUCCAUCGAGAGCCUGGCGAACUGGGUGGCCGGCUUCCCCCGGAUCGAGCUGAGGCCGGUGGAUCCCAUGGUGCUGAACAGGAACUUUGGGAGGAAACAUCGUCUGAAGCUGCAGCUGCCUUGGCCCCCUGUUAUAGCAAUGAGUUUUUCCCUCUGGCAGGUUGUGGGGCAGAGGCUCAGAGGCUGCUGUAUCCCUCCCCUCUGUUCCCUCUGCUCAAUAACGAGGUAGCAUCGGCCCGCAGACAGAUCCAGACCAGUGUGGAGCAGGCCAUGGGUCACUGCCGCAGGGAUAACCUGUGGAGGAGGCUGUUCCAUGGAGAGCAUCUGGCACUGGACAAACUGAAGCUGACCAAACUGUCAUUCAGUGAGCUGGAGGAGCUGCUGGAGGCUGUGCAGAGCCGCUCGGUGGGGGAGAUCGACCCACAACUGGACUGUUUCCUGACCAUGAGUCCAGCUUGGUACCAGAGUCUGAUCAAAGUUCUUCUCAACCGCUUCCCUCAGAGCUGCAGACACUUUGACGACAACGGCAUUCAAUAUCUGGCUGUCCUGAACCAGAAGUUCACAGACUGCUUUGUUUUGGUCUUUCUGGACAGCCAAGCUGGAAAAACAAGUCUUAAGGUUGUGUUUCGUGAGCCGCUGCCGUCGCAGCAGCAACCCAGCAGCAGUCCUCCUCCUCAGCUGGUGUCAAUGUACCAUCACCUGGAGUCCGUCAUCAACACAGCCUGCUAUAACCUCUGGACAGGACUGUUAUAGAGCGGGUCACAGCUGGACUCGGCACACUUCAUAGCCAUGUGACUGUAGCAUGGAAACAAGUCAGCAGUCGAGGUAACCACAGGACAACAAGACGCUUGAAGGAGUUUGUGAAGAGGUAAUACUUUGACCAGUCUGACAGAGCAAAGCUUCAUCUCAAACAGGGAUGUUACUGUGCAUUGGAUGUGUAUAAUAGACUCUCAGAAGAUAAAUACCCACCUAAAAGGAAAACUGGUCAGCUCUCAGUAUUUAGUCCUCCGUUGUUCCCAGCCUGUUGCUUCUCUCUUGGAGUUAGUGAUCUGUUAGCCUAAACAGACGCUACACGUUUAAUUGUGUUGUUUGGGAUAUUUGAAAAUAUUCCAGUAUCACUAGUGACAAUCACACACUGAUCUGCCUUUCAAUUAUCCAGUAAGAUUCAGUAAUCCUGACUAUGCAGCCGCAGCAUGAACAGUACAAAGUGAAAAUACUUCUCACAAUGUAGCUGCUUGUCAGUGUACACCGAGUAAAAGAUGGAUACAUCACAAGUAUGUUUCUGUCAAUACAAGUGGUUUUUCUCUGUGGUGAAAUAUGGGGGGGGGGGGGGGAAAGCUCCUCUCUCACCACGCGUUAUAAUCAGCCUCUGUAGAUGAGUGGACCAGCCACCAUUUAGAGGUCGCCCUAACUUUGACACAGAACCCCUGCUCUGUUAGAUACAUCGCCUUUAAAAGCUAGAACUGGAAGAUGCAAACUGUACUGUGUCUCCUCUGCAGCUAGAGGCAGCAGAGUCAAACGCUUUGGCCAUAACAUGUGAAACUUUCCCAGUAAUACAAAAAGAAUCUCACCAACAUUUAAUCCAGUACAUCCCUGAACGUCUGUUAACCUACAGACCCUGCACACACUGGGUUCAGAAUAAGUGAAGGAAAACCAAACCGGGUUAAAAGGUUAUUUUAUUUUAUCCCACUUAACGACUGAAUUUUAAAGUGCUCAGCGUUGCUAUUUGCUAAAGUCAAAGGCGCACUACUUCUUUACAAUUUACUGUCAGGAGCAUGUUAUGCACAUCAAAAGGUGAACCUGCAUUCACAACACGUUGACACUCUGCUUGUCUCACACACUGGCCUGCAGCAGUGCACCUUAUACCCAGCUACCUCCUCACACCUCUGUGGUACCUGAAGGAGCUCCUUUGGAUUCACGCUAACUUUGGCAUCGGUCUGUUUUUAGCAUCCGAACAGUGGAUUCAGUCCCUCGUGGUAAUGUGUGGUUUUACCAGUCGAGUGGACAGACCAGUAUUUUGUUUUCCACAUUAAGGCUUCAAAGUAUUUCUGCAGUGUUCUUUCUUCAUUAAUAUGUCGAAGUGAUCUUGAAGUGUGUGCCUUCUCAAAACAUUGAGCUCCUAAUGAAGAGGAGAGAAGAGAGAGAGAGACAGAGAGAGAGAGAGGGGGUGUCAGUGUGCACAGUGCUUAGACUUUAAUGCUAAAUUUCAGUGUCAAAACGUGUUACUCACUUCAACCCAACUGCCGUAUCAGACGCCCUGAAGUGCCUUUCCCUGUUUAUUUUUUUUUUCUUCUUAAUAUUUUCCAAACGUAUGACGGGAUUCUGUUGUUGUUCCGUUAGCUCUGCAUAGAUGAUCUGUUAAAACACUCAUCCCUGAUGUGUUGCAGUGAAAGUGCCUGACUCCGUUUAGGGAAUAUCAAAGUAAUUGACUUUUUAUGAGAACAAAAAGGUUUUGAUGAUUUACAUAAUAUAACACGACUUGUAAUCAGAGCUGAGUGUUUCCACAAUGAUGAGCUCUGCGUGUGUUGUGAAACGAUGUGGCUGAUAAUCAGAGCUCAUGAGUGUGUGCUGCCAGCCUGAUACAAACAUGAAGGCUUCAUGACCAUUACAACCUCCACUAAUGUCUUCACUAGACACUCGUAGAUUUCUACACAUUUUCAAUGGAAGGAUACCGAAUGUGUUUGAAUUGAAGGAAAACGAACGACGUGCUGAGCAAACUGCUCAAAGCAUUCAGUCUGAAUGUGACACACUGGAGAUCACGCAAACUGUGAACUGCAAUAAAGAAGCCCUCGGCAUUUUCAUUCUGUAAUAUAGUCAUUGCACUGUUGUUGUUAAAUGUAUAAUAUGUAUAUACAGAACAAUUUAUACAGUAUGUCAAAUGCUCAAUAAAGCCCUGGGAUGAAUGAAAA